AAAUCUACCUGGAAGUAACGAAAAUGCAUUACAAUCAGUACGUGUCGCUAUGCUUGGUGGCGCUUGUCCUGGGACAAGCAGCAACACUGCCACAGCAUCCCCAGUAUCAUCCGCAACAGUACCAACAGCAGGUCAGGGACGAGAGGAAAUUUGCUGAGAAACCGAACGCGAUGAAGAAGGUUGCCCUUGAUGACCUAGACGAUAUCAGCACCAAUCAGAUUCAAGAAGGUGGCAGUACCGGGUUCUCGUGGUCGAACAUGUUGAGUAUGCUGAUGCAGAUGUUGUUGGGACAAACUGGCGGUGUAGCUGGACCGAGUAAGAACGAGAUCGACGAUGGUGCACCAGCUAGCCCCUGGGCGAAUUUGCUUUCGGUAGGCCUCAGGGUACUGACAGCCCUGCUAGGAGGUCCUCAACAACCCGUCGACGGUAUCGACAAGGUUGACAAUCAGAGCAGUCCCAUGCAGGGCAUUUUGACUGCGGUGCUGGGUGCGUUUCUAGGACAGGGCAGAGACCCCGAUCAGGUUGCUGUCAUGGCUAAAAACGCUUCCGAGUUCAUUAGCAUAGUGAUCAACCUGUUGGACGCAUUGAAGACUUCGUUCUCUCAUCGUUCAUUGACGGCCAGAUCUAUGGGAAGACGAGAUACCGUUUCAGAAGCUGCCGUCGCAUCCAUUUCCAUGCUCAAGGGUUACAUGAGGUCGGUGAAAUCCUUUAACAAUGUUGGUCGCGCCGAAGACGAGGGUCAGAGAGGGUGCGCCGAGAGAGCGCUCUGCGAGGCAAGUGCCGAGUGUGUUGCAGAUGCUCAGGGCACAUCGUCCAUCUUCUGUCAGCUUGGAUCAUACGCGACGAGCUAUUUACUGCAGAGGCAGAGCGGAGUAGGUUUCGAGGCACUCUACGAGGCAGGUCGACGUGGACGUACCGGAGAGGAUUGCAGAACUCUGUUCGUGGAUUGUAACGCCGUAUGAAGAAGCGGUUUCGUCUCGAUCCAUUCAAGUACGAUUUAGACGCUCGGGGACACCAUCGACCCCGGAUUUCCAUCCGCAUUUCUCAACAUCGAAAAUUCGGGAAACUAGCUUCAAAUUCUAUUCCUUUCGAUCGCUUUCGAGUGCUUUCUUCUGUCCCGAGGUUUAGAUCGCACUUGAAAUGGUGGAUAAAAUAGCUUUAGACGCGACGUGGAAUAUGCGCAAGAAGCGUGCCGAGACCAAAACCAGAAACUUAACUCUCUUCUCGCUUAGUACCUAAUCGGUCUUUCAUUAACGUCACAAUUAGUUAAUCAAUUAAUUACAACUGAUACACUAACGGUCACGUGUAGAUACGUGUACUUAGACAUACAGCACACUAGCAACGCUAAAAGGUCAUUCACACUGGUCCUAUCUGUAAAGUAACAAGUGCCAGUGUGAAUAUCUUUAUAGUGAUUGUAUAGUAAUUCAUUAAUCAAUUAACUACGCAACCAUGAUUUGAUCAAUGAUGCAAUGAAUUAUAGGAAGAACUCUUGGUGUCCCUGGAAACUACGCAUCUUUUCCGUGAACACCGAGAGUUCAUUAACGUAGAUUCUACAUUUCUGAGUACACUAAUGCAGAUUUUACGUUGUAAUAAGUUCUAAGAGAAAGAGAGUUAGGUAGAAAGGAGAAAAGUGCAUGCAGUGGGAGAGAAACACUUAACGUAGAAAUAGACUGAACGAGAAUCCAGGCCUGAACGAACUGUGAACCGUUCGUCUAGGUCUCUCAACGACAAUCACGAUAUUUAUUUCUAUUUAUUUGAAUGUAUUAAAUCUAGUAGAGUUAGCGUAUACUCUCGAGGACUGGAUCGGUUACGAUGGAAAAUAGGACAUAGCUUUUAAGAAGAAAAAAGAAAAAAAAAAACAAUUUUGAAUGAAAGUUUAAAGUUGUAACAUUGUAGACAGGUCGAAAUUUUUGUUGAAACAUUCAAAUUGUAUGAUUAUUCUGUUCUUUCGCACGUAAACGACAGAUUCGUCCUCGAAAGACCCUCCAUUAUUCAUACAAGCUAACGUCUCAGGAUAUUGUGUUUGUUCUAUCACCCGCUCAAAAUUAUCUACUGUAUAUAGGCAUUAUACAUAUAUAUAUAUAUACACGGGUGGAGUGUUUCGCAAUAACCACGUUCUAUUUAGAUCAGUUAGCGUAUCACUUAGAAAUAAGUUGUAUGUAUGACGUGUGGUACGAUUAUAUUUAAAUUGAAGCUAAUAAACGGUCUUAUUCAUAAGUAAUCUUCUUUUCAUUUCACCUUUCCAUCGUUAUUCCUGAAAUGUUAACAGUAUUAUUUUGUUCACCUUAAUCUUUGAAACUCUAUUGCAACCAAGCACGAUAACGAGGACAAUGUAUGUUUAACUUGUGCAACGAGUGGAAAGACGUAGGUGUCAUCAGGAACCAUGAAAAUUCACGUGCCGUGACAGAAAACGGAUUGAACCGACAAUAGUUUUCUGGACGAAACAGUCUGCUUUAGUGCCUCGUGGAGAGAGUCUAAGAUUGUGAAAUCCGGAAGCUUUUUCUUCUUCAAGGCAAGGUAAUAGUGCUUGCGUUAUUUUCAAGUACCUCAUGUUUGCUUAUGAUAUUCCUUCAGAUGACGUUCAAAUCUCUGAUGAACUUUGGAAACUUCGCCAAAGGGCCUUAUCAUCCUGGCAUCGAUAGGUACCACAACUCUAAUGGAUACCAUCAUAGUGAUUCUGGUGGCUAUCAUCAUGGUUCACGAGGGUAAUUAAUAUCAAUUAAUACCAGGGCCGGACCUGAGAUUUCGGGGGUCCGAGGCGAGCUCCG